GCAGCACAUACCUCAGCGGCUGCGGAACUCUCAGCGAAGCCAAAACACCCAAAAACCUUAUCACAAAUCCUAAAUCCCUCCCUCUCCCUCUUCCUCUCCUCCUUAUCCAUAAACCCUCAACUUCUCCAACUCUAAACCCUUUUAUCUCCGAAUUUCCCUAUUCAAAUUUUGUGUUUGUUUCAGCGAUGGAGUCGAAGGAGGCGGCGCUGAAUCCCACCGCUGAAGUUAUACCAGGUUCAAUCGCUUCAUCUCCAUCUCCACCGAUUAAUAAUGAUGUUGUUCUGAGUAAAACAAUUGCUUCGAACGAAAAUAAUGACGAUAAAAGUAGGGGUAAUAGUAAGGCUGUGGUCUCCGAGGAUGAGGACUAUGUGAGUGGUAAUGAGGAGUUCGAGGCGCCAGUGGAUAAGCCUGUAUUGAAUAAAAUUGAUGGUUCUGAUGUUCCGGGGAUGGCUGAGAAUAGCGGCGGUGACGUCGAGGAAGGGGAUAAGGUUGCUGAAGGGGAUGGGGAAUCAGUCGUGAUAUCCGAUGUGGUUGCUGGUGAGGUUGUGGAUGGUGAAAGGGGAAAGGCGGUGGUUGAGGGAGUUGAGGCGGAAGGAAAUCAGGCGGGAAAGGGGAGUGAGCCUGAGGUUAAAGAGGGGUUUGAGGCGGCUGUUGAGCAGGUAGAAUUGGAAUCCAUGCCUGAAGGGGAUUCUGUAGUUGAGACCAUUCAGGUUGAUGUUGCUGGCCCUGGAGUUGCUGUUGUUGGCGAGCCGGAAGGAGAUAAAGAUGUGUUGAGUAAAAUUGAGGAAAAGGAGGUUGCUGCAGUAGAUGUGGUUGAAUCAGAGAGAUCGGAUGUGGUUGAUGAUGGUGAUGUUAGCUUCAUAAAAAAGGAGGAUUCUGUAGUUGAUGAGAGCGAGGUUGAUGUACCUUCCUCAGGGGCAUCUAUUGGGGUAAUAAAGGAAAACGGAGCCAAUUCUAAUGAACUAGAGCAAGAAGAAGUUGCUGAAGUGGCACUCACGGCUGAGGGGGAUGCUGUUGUUGAUACCAUCAAGGUUGAUGUGAAUGUGGUAGAUCCAGGAGUCGCUGUGGUUGGAGGGGCGAACGAGAACGGAGACAGGGAGGAGGUUCCACUUGAAUCAGUUGGUAGUGCUACUGAAAAUGGUGAUGGUGUUGAGAAUGAUGUCGAUACUAGGGAAGUUGGAGUGGAUCUUCUGAAUUCAGAACCGGCAGCUGAGGAUACAGUUGGGAAUGAGAAGGACGAGACUUUAGAUGCUGGAGCUCUUGCCCAUAUGGAGAAUGGUUUUCAGACGUCCGAGAUCAGUAUUGAUUCUCAGAGAACUGAUGAACCAAAAGCGGGAACUGAUGAUCUCAGAGAAAUUAGAGAAGUAGAGGAUGAAAUGGAUGUAUUGAACCCUGAAGAACUUAUGUCAGAUGAGGACACUGAUGGCAUGGUGUUUGGGAGCUCGGAAGCUGCCAAAAAGUUUAUUGAGGACUUGGAGCGAGAAUCUGGUGGGGAUUCUCAUACAGGUCUCGACAGUUCGCUUGAGCAGUCUCAGAGGAUUGACGGUCAAAUUGUGACUGAUUCAGAAGAAGAAGGCGAAACUGAUGACGAGGGAGAUGGUAAGGAAUUGUUUGAUUCUACUGCUCUGGCUGCUCUUUUGAAGGCUGCAACCGGUGCUGAUUCUGGUGGUGGAAAUAUCACUUUCACCUCUCAAGAUGGAUCUAAGCUGUUCUCCAUGGAGCGUCCUGCUGGGUUGGGAUCUUCCCUUCAGUCCUUGAGGCCUGCUCCCCGACAAAACCGCUCCAGCCUUUUUGGCAAUCUUGCUCCUGCUAGUGGAGGAGAAGUGGAAGAGAAUUUGAGUGAAGAGGAGAAGAAGAAACUGGAGAAAUUGCAGGAGAUCAGAGUGAAGUUUCUGAGGCUUGUUCAUAGAUUAGGCCUCACUCCGGAGGAGUCCGUAGCAGCUCAGGUUUUAUACCGGCUGGCACUUCUUGGUGGGAGGCAAGGCACUCACACUUUUAGCUUGGAUGCUGCUAAGAGGACUGCACUGCAACUUGAAACGGGGGAGAAGGAUGAUCUGGACUUCUCCAUUAAUAUCUUAGUUCUUGGAAAGUCUGGAGUGGGGAAAAGUGCCACCAUAAAUUCAUUAUUUGGAGAAGAGAAGGCUCCGAUUGAUGCAUUUGAAACUGGGACAGCUUAUGUUAGAGAGAUGUCUGGGUCUGUUGAUGGAGUUAAAGUUCACGUUGUUGAUACACCUGGUCUAAAAUCUUCCGUCAUGGAGCAGGGUAUCAACCGUAGCACCUUGUCCUCUAUAAAGAAGUACACGAAAAAAAGCUCCCCUGAUGUUGUUCUUUAUGUGGAUCGAUUGGAUGCACAAUCUAGAGAUCUUAAUGAUUUACCAAUGCUUAAGACUGUUACUAGUACACUUGGCUCUGCCAUUUGGCGAAGUGCCAUAGUCACUCUUACUCAUGCUGCAUCUGCGCCCCCGGAUGGGCCUUCUGGCACCCCACUGAGUUAUGAGGUGUUUGUCUCUCAAAGGUCUCAUGUUGUGCAGCAGUCGAUUGGCCAUGCUGUCGGAGACCUACGAAUGAUGAGCCCCAGUCUGAUGAAUCCCGUCUCUCUUGUCGAAAACCACCCCUCUUGUCGGAAGAACAGGGAUGGACAGAACAUUCUUCCUAAUGGUCAGAGUUGGAGGCCUCAGUUACUGCUACUAUGCUACUCGAUGAAGAUUUUAUCUGAAGCCAGUGCAAUCUCGAAGCCUCAAGACCCAUUCGACCAUAGGAAGCUCUUUGGCUUCCGGUCACGCCCACCACCUCUCCCGUACAUGUUAUCAUCCAUGCUGCAGUCUCGUCAGCACCCCAAGCUUCCAUCUGAUCAGGGCGGUGACAGUGUCGAUUCUGAUAUUGAUUUAGAUGAUUUUUCGGAUUCUGAUCAGGAAGAGGAGGACGAGUACGACCAGCUUCCUCCAUUCCGGCCUCUCAGAAAAGCUCAGAUAGCCAAGCUGAGCAGAGAGCAAAAGAAGGCAUAUUUUGAAGAGUUUGAUUACCGGGUGAAGCUGCUCCAGAAAAAACAAUGGAGGGAGGAGUUGAAGAGAAUGAGAGAAACCAAGAAGAGAGGUAAAGAUGCAGCAGUGGAAUAUGGUUUUGCAGAGGAUGACGCUGAAGGUGGAGCAGCAGCUCCGGUGGCAGUUCCCUUACCUGACAUGGCACUUCCCCCAUCUUUUGACGGUGAUAACCCUGCAUUCCGAUACCGGUUCUUGGAGCCCACUUCACAGUUCCUUGCAAGGCCAGUCUUGGACAGCCAUGGUUGGGACCAUGACUGUGGAUAUGACGGAGUCAACCUUGAACACAGCCUAGCCAUCGCGAAUCGCUUGGCAGCAGCAUACACUGUCCAAAUAACAAAAGACAAGAAGGACUUCAGCAUCAGUCUAGAUUCCUCGGUUGCAGCCAGGCUAGGAGAGAACACGUCGAGCAUGGCAGGCUUCGAUAUUCAGAGCAUAGGCAAGCAGCUAGCUUACAUUGUCCGUGCAGAAACCAAAACCAAGAGUCUGAAGAAGCACAAGGCAACUGGAGGAUUAUCCUUGACGUUCUUAGGCGAAAACAUGGUUCCAGGUGUGAAGAUAGAGGAUCAAAUUACAUUUGGGCAGCAGUACGCCCUCGUAGGCAGUGCUGGCGCUGUGCGGUCUCAGCAUGACACUGCCUACGGGGCUAACUUUGAGCUGCAGAGGAGGGAGCUGGACUACCCGAUUGGACAGGUUCAGUCGACGCUCAGCAUGUCGAUCAUCAAAUGGAGAGGGGACUUGGCGCUAGGGCUCAACAGCCUAGCGCAGUUCUCCAUUGGGCGUAACUCGAAGGUUGCUGUUCGUGCUGGAAUCAACAACAAGCUUAGUGGUCAGAUCACGGUGAGGACGAGCAGCUCCGACCAUCUGUCACUGGCUCUUGCUGCUGUUAUUCCAGCAGCGCUUUCCAUCUACAAGAAGCUCUAUCCAGAGGGCUCCGGCGACAAGUACUCCAUCUACUAGUUUUUCCUCAUCUGAUUUUUUGCUGCAUUUUGUAUUUCUUAAUUCACUUGAAUAUGCGAGACUAUUAUAGCAUCUUUCCGUUUUUGAAUAAUGAUUUUACUGCUGUUUCA